UUCAAUAUAUCCGGUUGCAUUGACCCACCAAUCAACCAAGGACCUUAUCAAUUAUACAAAGCCAAAAGGCCCAAAACCAAUUUCAUCAUCUUGGAUUUUAGUCAUAAGCAAGAGCCACCAAACACUUGCAAUAUAAAAAACAUUUAUUCUCCACCGUUUUAAACUUCAUGGGACUCCACCAUCAUGACUUUGACACCCAAAGACGUGAACCCCAUGCAACACAAGCCUUCCUCUCACUAACCUUAUACACACCAAAACAAAACAGAAAGUCCAAAGAGGAUCACCACACCAAAACAACAACGAAAAGCUUCAACACAAUGAGAGCAAAAGCAACUUUGGUUAAUUUCAAAUCAAAGCUUUCAGAAUCAUGCAACAGAUUCGUCUCUCUCUUCCGCUUCAGAGUUAAGAGACCUAUCUUCAUUAGACCUCUUCGUCGUGCUCGUCAUGGCAAUGUCAAACCUAGACAUCAACAUCAUCCCAAGAAGCCAAUCCGUCCUUCCUCUUUGCUGUCUUGUCUCUUUUUUCUCAGCAAAAACAAAGACCAGAAGAUAAGCCAGACCAAACCUUUUAGGGUGAAGGAUGAUGAUUUUUCGAAGUUUACACAUUCGCCUCUUACGCCAGCAGCAGCCAAGAAGCUGUUCACUUCACCCAUCACGACACCUGUUUCUGCGUCAUGGACCAAGAAAUCACUGAACUCAAGAGAUACAUUCGAAGACAAUGCUGUGGAAGAUGCUUGCAGAAGCUUUGAAAACUAUCUUACUCAUCUGACUGAAGAAGGGAAAAUGGAUGACUUAAUGGACAUAGAGGAGCUUCUCUUCUGUUGGAAUAAUCUUAAGAGCCCUGUCUUCAUUGAACUUGUCUCCAGAUUCUAUGGAGAGCUCUGCAGAGACUUGUUUUCAGGUGAAUGA